AUGUUCAUAAAAUUAGUGUAGAAAUUCAACAAAGUUCCUUAAUAAUAUAUCAAGCAUUCCAAUUUUUUCGGUUCUUGCAAUAUAGAUUCACUUCAUAUUUACCCAAAAGAUGUUUAAGAAAAAGUAUUGAAAAAGAUGUAAACACAUAUUUCUUAACCAACUCUCCGUCCAACAAAAGAAAGAGAAAAAUAUUCUGAAGAAUAUGAUCGAACACCUCACUGUAACGGUUGCUAAAAAUGCAAUAACUGGGAGCGUGAUAUUCCUUUAAUGACAAUCUAAGAAGCACUUCGUGAAGCUAUAAGAUGCUUGAAAUGUAAUGAUGCUCCAUGUUAGAAAGGAUGUACAACAUCCAUAGAUAUCAAGACAUUUAUAUACAAUAUAUAAAAUAAAAACUGGUAUGGAGCUGCCAAAUGUAUUCUUUCUGAUAAUCCUUUAGGUUUAACUUGUGGUUAAUUAUGCCCCAUAAGUGAAUUAUGUGCAAGAAAUUGUAACGUAAGCCACACAGAAUAAGGAGCAAUAAAAAUAAACAGACUCUAAGAAUUAGCAGUGCGUAUAUUUAAAGAAAUGGGAGUCAAAUAAAUUAAAGAUCCAUCUCUUGUUAAUCUUCCUCCUUCUUAUAAAACACCUAUAGCCUUAAUUGGAGCAGGACCAGCUUCUUUAAGUUGUGCUACUUUUCUUGGAAGAAUGGGUUAUGAAAAUAUAAAUAUUUUUGAAAGAGAAAGUCGUGGAGGUGGUAUUACUUCAAAUGAAAUCCCUUAAAACAGAGCUCCGAUAGAAGAAGCUUUGUGGGAAAUUUAAAUGGUUGAAUAACUUGGUGUCAAAUUCCAUUAUAAUAAGGCUUUAGGAAAAGAUUUCUCUCUUGAAGAUCUCAGAAAUUAAGGGUUUGAAACUAUAUUUUUAGGAAUAGGUCUCACUGAGCCUAAUACAGGGACUAAAGGAGCAUCUAAAGAAUUUGCAUUAAGUGCUGAAAGAGCUAGAUAGGCAAAUAAUUUUCAUUACUCAAAGCAUUUCUUAUUGAAAGUAGGAGAAGUUAUAAAAUAAACAAAACCUAAAGCAGUAAUUGAUUUACCUAAAAUGGAUGGACAUGUAGUUGUAUUAGGAAUUGGUGAUACUGCUUUAGAUUGUGCUCGUUCUGCUUUUAGAUUGGGCGCUAAAAGAGUAACUGUAGUUUUCAGAAGAGGGUUUUAAGACAUGAGAGCAAACGAUGAAAUAUUUGAACCAGGAAGACAAGAAGGAAUAAACUUUGUUGCUUAUUCAUCUCCUUUAGAAUAUGAGUUCAAUGAAAAAGGGAAUGUAAAAGCAGUAAAAUUUGAUAAAUAUUUGCCUUAAAAUAAUGAUCCUGAUAACUUAAAAUAUAAAUAAACAGACUAAAACUAUUCUUUACCUUGUGAUCAUAUAGUUUAGUCUUUCGGAUGUCAACUUCCUGAUCAAGAUUGGGUAAAGAAAAUUAAAAAAUCAGAUUCUUUAAUAGAUGUUGAUUACAGUACAAAUAAAACUAAAGCUUAUGAUUGGCUUUUUGUAGGAGGUGAUGCAAUUGGAACUAAAAACUUAGUCGAUGCUGUAAAUGAUGGAAAAACAGCUUCUUGGUUUAUGCACAAAUAUAUUUAAGAAAAAGCUGGAUAUUAAGUUCCUACAGAACCUAUAUUACCUGGCUUCUAUACUGAAAUUGAUCUUGUAGAUAUUUCAACCGAAGUUUGUGGAGUAAAAAUGAAUAAUCCUUUUGGUUUGGCAAGUGCUCCUCCGACAACAUCAUACCCUAUGAUUUCUAGAUCUUUUGAUAUCGGAUAUGACUUUGCAGUAAUUAAAACUUUAGUUUUGGACAAGGAUACAGUUUCAAAUAUUUCCCCAAGAAUUUAUAAAUUAACAAGUGAUCCUUUAAAGCUUGAACCUUCUUUCGGUAAUAUUGAAUUAGUGUCUGAAAAAUCUCUAGAAUAUUGGGUAAAAGGCGCAAUUUAAAUUAAAAAAGACUACCCAAAUAAAAUUCUUAUUGGUUCUUUGAUGGCCGGAAAUAACGAAUAAGAUUGGUAUGAUAUUGUUGAAAAAACAAAAGAAGCACCUUUUGAUAUGAUAGAACUUAAUCUCUCAUGUCCUCAUGGAAUGAAUGAAAAAGGAAUGGGUAGAGCUUGUGGAGAAGAUCCAGAUGUAGUAAGAUAAAUAACAAAAUGGGUAACUUCUAAAACGAAAGUUCCUAUAAUUAUAAAAAUAACUCCAAAUUAUGGUCAAGCAGAACUUUUAGCCUAGGCAGCUUACGAAGGAGGGGCAAAAGCAGUUACCUUAACAAAUACUAUGCCUGGUUUAAUUGAUCCUUAUCCUGAUGGAGAAUUUUCUAAUGGAGUUGGUGUUAAAAAAUAAGUUACUCCUGGAGGUUCUACAGGCUCGAUUUUGAGACCUUUUGCUUUAAGAAAAUGUGUUGAUGUUGCUAAAUAUGUUCCCUAAAUUGAAAUUUUCGGAAGUGGAGGUAUUAUUAGUGGAGAUCAUGCACUUUCUUACAUUUAAUAUGGUGCUAAAGCUCUUUAAAUAUGUUCAGCUGUUUAAAAUUUAGAUGCUGCAACAGUAUUUUAUGAUUUAAAAACAAGUUUAUAGGCUAACUUAUAUUUAUUGGGAGAUGAAAAAGCAAGAUAAAAAGGAUGGAAAGGAUAAUAUCCUCCUUAUGGUUUCUAAAAAAUGAAUAACGAACCUAAUUCAAGUAAAUUUGUUAAACCCCCUAAAAUUCUAUAAUUAGUCGCUAGUAAAUUAAAUAAUGUAUCUCCUAUUGAAAAAAUGUCAAGAAAUAUUAUUGAAGUUCCAGAAAUAAACAAAGAUCAUUGCUUAGAAUGCGGAAGAUGCUAUGUUUCUUGUACUGACUCAGGUUAUUAAGCUAUCUAAUUUGAUGGUUUUAAUACUAUUCCGAGAAUUAUUGAAGACGAUUGUACUGGUUGUGCUGUUUGUGUAUCAUCAUGUCCAGUAGAAAAUGCUAUUAAAAUGGUACCAAGGAAAACUCCUUAUACUGUCAAUAGAGGAAUUCCACCUGGUAAUGAUUGCCCUGAAAUUCAUUUAAAUACGGUUCCUCCUUUUAAACCUUGA